AUGUCCCUGGCGGAGCGGCGGCGGCAGGAGGAGGAAGGGGAGCGGGAAGGGGAAGCGGGGGAUGGGGCCGGUGCCGGGGAGGAGAUGGUGCAGAUCCGACUGGGGGACAAGUGCUACCCGGUGUGCAAGAGGAAGCUGAUCGAGCAGAGUGAUUAUUUCCGAGCGCUCUACCGCUCGGGAAUGCGGGAGGCAGGGCAGGGCCAGGAGGAGCAGCUGCUGCGCGGGGGGCUGAGCGCCCUGGGGCUGGAGCUGGUGCUGGACUUCAUCAACACGUCCUGCCUGGCCAGGCUGGAGCAGGAGGAGGGCGGCGAGGAGGAGCCGCCGCUGCUGGAGGAGCUGGUGGAGGCCGCGUCCUACCUGCAGGUCACGCCCCUGCUGCGGCUGCUGCUGUCGCAGGUGCGGCUGGGCAACUGCUUCGAGCUGCACCGCCUGGCGCAGGUGUACGGCCUGCAGGACCUGCACGACGCCUGCCUGGACUUCAUGGCCGCCCACUAUCACCAGGUGCUGCGCCGGCCCGACGCCCGCCCGCACCUCCUGCUGCCGCCGGCGCUGCAGCAGCAGCUGCGGGAGCGGCGCAUGAGGGGCGCGGCCACGCUGGUGCUGCUCGGGGACUUCAGGGGCGCCUGCCCGCCGGGGCUGCCCGCCGGCUGGCACCCCGCGGGGGACGCGCCCUGGGCCAUGCUCCGCUACGACGAGGAGGCGCGGCGGUGGCUGCCGCUGGCCAACAACGUGCCCGCCGACCUGGUGAGCGUCCGUGGCUACGGCUCGGCCACGAUGGACAAUUACUUGUUCAUCGUCGGCGGCUACCGCAUCACCAGCCAGGAGAUCUCGGCCGCGCACUGCUAUAACCCGUGCCUGAACGAAUGGAGCCAGCUGGCCUCGAUGAACCAGAAGAGGUCCAACUUCAAGCUCCUGGCUGUCAGUGGAAAGCUGUAUGCCAUUGGUGGCCAGUCCCUUUCCAAUGUGGAGUGCUACAAUCCAGAGAAUGACUGGUGGAAUUUUGUGGCAUCCAUGCCAAACCCUCUUGCAGAAUUCUCAGCUUGUGAAUGCAAGGGCAAGAUCUAUGUUAUUGGAGGAUACACUGCACGAGGCAGGAACAUGAGCAUCCUGCAGUACUGUCCCACUUCUGAUUCCUGGACCAACUUGGAGCUGUGUGACAUGCAUGUCCGCAAGCAGCAGAUGCUGUCUGUGGAGGAGACCAUCUACCUGGUGGGGGGCUGCAUCCUAGACCUUGGACCGAGGCAGAGACCCAGCCCCAGUGAGGACGUGUUGACGGUGCAGUCCUACAACAUUGCCACCAAAGAGUGGCUCUACCUCAAUGAGAACUCGUCCAAAUCCGGCCUUAACUUGACUUGCACUCUCCACAACGAUGGAGUCUAUAUCUUGAGUAGGAAUAUUACUCUGUCUCCCAGCUUGGAGCAGCAUCUCUUCCUGAAGUACAAUAUCUUCACAGACACUUGGGAGUCACUGGGGCGCUUCCCAGCCUUUGGACAAAAUAUUCUGAUCUGUUCUAUGUAUUUGCCUGAUGGGCGAGAAGUGUAACAGCACGAGGGUUUUCUUUUCAGUUCAUUAAUGGUUCUUUGAUGAAAUAUUGCUCCCUCUGAAUAAUUCUACAUUCAGAAUGUAAUGUGGUUGCAUAAUGCAGGUAUAAAAUACUGAUUCUGUUCUCUAAAAAGGUUUCAGAAUUCAGUAUGAAGAUAAAUGCUUCCAGAAACAGUUUUAAGAUGUCGAUUUAAAAAUUUUACUAGUUUGGAUUAAAAUUUCACCAGGUAUUGUUUGCAAUUUAAAUGUAAAAUUAUUGUGUUGGCAACUGAUACAGGAGUUUUAAAGGCAAAACUGAUCAUCUGGUUUUAUUCUUCGUCUUAGUAGACAGUGUAGAACAAAACAUACACAUUUUAAAAGUGGAAGCAAUUCAAUAAAGUAAAUAAUUAGUAUAAUCAAAA